AUGUCGAACCUUCCUCCCGUAUACAUCGUUUCCGUUGCCAGAACACCUAUCGGGUCGUUCCUAGGCUCUCUGUCAAGCCUUUCCGCUAUUCAAUUGGGUGCUCAUGCCAUCAAGGGUGCCGUUGAGCGCGUGCCUCAGAUCAAGCCCGAGGAUGUCGAGGAGGUUUUCUUCGGCAAUGUCCUCUCCGCCAACCUAGGACAGGCCCCGGCUAGGCAAUGCGCCCUCGGCGCCGGCCUUUCCAACACCGUCCCCUGCACCACCGUCGGAAAGGUCUGCGCCUCCGGUCUCAAGGCCAUCAUCAUUGGCGCCCAGACCAUCAUGACCGGCAACGCCUCCAUCGUCGUCGCCGGCGGUACCGAAUCCAUGUCCAACACCCCCACUACCUCCCCGUCCUCCGAAACGGACGGUCUCACCGACGCUUUCAAGAAGGAGCACAUGGGUAUCCAGGGCGAGCUCUGCUCCCAGGAACACGGUGUCUCCCGCGAGGAGCAGGACGAAUACGCCAUUAAGUCCUACCAGAAGGCCCAGGCCGCCACCGAGGCCGGCGUCUUCUCCUCUGAGAUCUACCCCAUCGAGAACCUUAACGUAGACAAGCUCAAGGCCAUGCGUCCCGCCUUCAAGCCCAACGGCGGCACCAUCACCGCCCCCAACGCUGCUCCUAUCAACGACGGCGCUGCCGCCGUCGUCCUCAUGUCCGAGGCCAAGGUCAAGGAGCUCGGCGUUCAGCCCAUCGCCAAGAUCCUUGGCUGGGGCGACGCUGCCCAGGAGCCCGAGCGCUUCACCACCGCCCCCGCCCUCGCCGUUCCCAAGGCCAUUAAGCACGCCGGCAUCUCCGAGAGCGACGUUGACUACUACGAGAUCAACGAGGCUUUCUCCGUCGUCGCCCUCGCCAACAUGAAGAUCCUCGGCCUCGAUGCCGAAAAGGUCAACAUCUUUGGCGGCUCCAAGAAGGCCAAGAUUGGUGUCGCCGGUAUCUGCAACGGCGGCGGCGGCGCUUCUGCGCUCGUCAUUGAGAACUUGCAAUGA